AUGUCGGAUUUAUUGGACAAAUAUAGGUCAUCGAGAAGGGCUGGAGCUGAUAUUCUGGCGAGGGCGAGUCUGCCAUCGAGGAGCUCGCUAUACCCGCGCUUGUCAUCACUUGAUCGAGAAAAGUAUAGCUCGGAUCGAUACAACAAUACUCCAUCAACAACAUCUAGAUUGAGAUAUCCACAGAGCGCUGAAAGAGCACCUUCUGAAUCUUCAUUUACGUCAAAGUACAAGCUAUAUUCUGAUGCCGUCAAGGAGAGUGAGUCGUCUAUUCUGGACAGACUCAAGCCGGACUCUUCUUUCACAGCGAGAUCAAAAAGCAAUGGUCUUGAUGAAUAUAGGAGUGAGUCAAAACGCUACACGAGAAAUUACGAGCUAGAUGGACUAAAGAAAAACUUAGAGGCCAAAUAUGGCUUGGGCUCCACGAGAGAUGAAACCGACAGAAACUCAAGGUUAUUUGGCUCUCCAGCCAAUUCAAGAAGACUGAGAAACGAGCUUGGAGGUAGGUCCUCGAAUGUAUCACAUACCGCCAGAGACAAAUAUAGAAUUACAAAACCAAGUAUUGAGAGCCCUCGCUCUGGUGGGUUCUUGUCAAGGAUAUUUACUUACUUUACCUCCAACGAACAUACCGACGACAAUGAUACCUCACACCCUUCCAGCUUUUUCGAGAAGCCGCGUGUCAAGAAGGUGAGUUUUAGUGACAGCAUCAAGCGGGAGGAUGAUUUUGACGAGGUGGACGACGUUGUUACUCGCGCAAGGGAAAAAGAGCGGACAUUGGUAUUGGAAAACUAUCGAAAUUUGGAACAAGAACACAAAAAAGUAUUGUUGUUGUUGGAAGAGAUUGAAUUAGAGAACAAGGAAUUGAAAAGCGAGUUGAGCAAAGUCCAUGACACCUACACCGCCAAAUUGGACGAAAUAGAGAAUGACUUGUUUGACAAAAAUGUCGUAGCUGAUCAAUUGAGAAUAAAUAGCGAUCGCAAACAUACCGAGGAAAUCAACCUGCUCAAGUCUGCUCAAGAGCAGGAAAUUUCUCGGUUACAGAAAUCCCAUGAACGAGAGUUGGCCCAAUUGAAAUCAGUCCACGAAGAAGAAACGCGCUUACAAAAAGAUGAGAAUUCGAAACUUCAAAAAAAGAUUAGGGAAUUGGAUGAAAAGCUUUUUGAUACUGGGUUUGAACUAAAGCAAGUGAAACGAGACCUUGAUAUUCAAGUCCGGAAAAAUCACGAGAUGCAGGUUGAAAUGUCAUUGAGAGACCGAUUUCGUGCGGCUAAACUACCAGCGGACGAAGUUAACGAGUACUUUAUCAAAUCGUCCCGCAUUGAGCAAAAGAUUGAGGCAUUGCGCAGAGUAGCUGAAACUCCGUCUUCGUCAAAACCACAACAAUUUACCAAAACUGAAACUAAUAUCGAGGAGAAUUUAAAGACAUUGGAGAAAAUGACUAAAUCGUUUCAAUUUACUGAGCUUGACGAUUGCGAAAAGUAUUACGAACUGGCGCAUAGGUUUUUGUCUGACUCAUCAAAUAAAGCAGAGGAGAUUAUUCUGCAGUUGGAACAAGAUGAUCAAUCGAGCUCAUCUCAGAUCUUAACUCAGUAUCUAACGUUGAAGAGAUUGAAUGAGUUGGGCUAUAAAUUGAGCUCAGUGAAAGAGCUCAUAAAUGACUGCAAAGUUUUGAAAGAGUUUAAAGACAGCGAUGUGGAUGUAAAUGAUAUCUAUUUACGUGUUAGACUGGAGUUGUUCUAG